AUGCUCCGUACCCGUCAUCCUGUCUUCAUCGUGGGUGCCAUCACCCUUCUCGGUUGGUUGGUGUUCCUAUAUCACGCCAUUCCAGAGCACGCCUUCAGUGCUUUGCAGAGUGUCGACACGUCAACUGCGGUGACUGAUGAUACCGCUGUGACCGACGAAACUGUCCACCUCCUCAUCCCGGCCACAGAACCCAACAAUCAAUUCUGCCGCGUCCUCUUCUCCGCCCUCAUCAACGACUACCCCUCUCCUUACCUCGUCAAUUAUGGCAAAAAGUACGACGACCCUGCGAUCGCUCGUGCACAGAAAAUCGCCGGCUUGAACGAGUACCUCCUCAAGUCAACCGUCAGCCGAAACGAUACCAUCAUCAUUGCCGAUGGCUUCGAUGUGUGGUUUCAGCUGCCACUGGAUGUCAUGGUCUCCCGAUAUCGGCUUGCUCAACAAAAUGAUACAUCCCGAACCAUUUUUGGUGCAGACAAGAAAUGUUGGCCGAAUGAUCCGAACUCGCCCGCGUGCACUCGCGCUCCACUGAGCUCCCUUCCAGAUGGAGUGUAUGGACCGGACACGGACCAACUGACCAUUUAUCGCGACCAGAAGGCAAAAUACGAUAACUUCCGCCCGCGCUGGUUGAAUUCUGGUACCGCCAUCGGUCCUGCUAGUUCACUGCAUGCUAUCUAUGAAGAAGCCUGGAGGAGGAUUGAAGAUAAGCAAAGCACCGUCAAGAGCGACCAGCGGAUCUUGGCCGACGUCUGGGAGACGACUCUGGGGUUUGCGCAAGCUGAUGUCGCUUGGAUCGUCAAUCCAGAUCCCGAGACCAGAGCAACAACUGCCAGUAACGAUGAUACGGGUCAAAUGAGGUUGGAACUGGCUUCUCUGGGUAUGGACAUGGAGGAGAGGAGAGAACGGAGUGUAUGGAAGGGAAGGCCGCUUGCUUGGAACAGGAUCAGCAACGCGAUACCCUCGGUGCUACACUUUAACGGAGAUAAAAAUUACAUGGAUAGAUGGUGGCAUAAGAUGUGGUGGAAUGCGAAGGGUGGGGAGAUUGCGAGGACCUUCUUGGAAAGACUGGAGAGUGGUGAUACUGAACUACUGGCAGAGAUGCGGGCGGGUGCUUGGACCGAGGAAGGAUGGGUUGACUGGAACGAGCUUUGCAGGAAUUUUUCCAUAUUAUAG